UCCAAGAUGGGCCACGCCAUCAUGACUGAAAUCUUGACCUACUUGACACUCAUGGGGUUUUGGCCAAGGUCACCAAAAUCGUCAAAGGCAAGCGCCUUUUUGAUCAUCCUAUCAACUUCGUUUCUUUUUUUUGGAAUUCUUUUCUAUUUGAUUGUAAAUCGCCAGUUUGGGAGCAGUGAAAUAGAUUCUAUCGAAACUAUCACUAGUCAAUUUGGAGUGUUGUAUUAUUUGAUCCUCUUCACGUGGAAACGCAACGACAUCGUGGAGAUUGUCGAGCUGUUGUCCGAUUUUUCGAAAUUUGGAAAACCACCAUUUUUUGACCAACGCUCCACAAGACUCAAUUAUCGUCUAAGCUGUAUCGUGUUAAUUCUGAUCGUUGCCAACAUUGUUGUGGCCGCCUUGCCUGUGAUUUACAUAGAUUCGUGUCAUAAGGCCAACGAGCAGCUAAAUUUGACGAAAACGUGCGGGUUAAUAGCACCAGUUUGGUUGCCUUUUGAUUACAAUGAGUAUCCCCGGAAACAUUUGGUGUUUGCCUGGGAGGUGUACUGUUGUGUCAUGAAUUACGUUGGCAGUGGAAUCGGUGCUCUCACGAUGGUUGGAACAAUGGAGCAUGUAAUUAUAAGGAUAGAACAGUUGAAAUAUAUUUUCCCGAAAAUUUUGGACCAACCAAAUCCACGCAUUCGGGAACAGAUGCUGAAAAACUGGGUUAGGUACCACUUGGCUCUUUUUGAGAUUGGAAGACUGAUGAAUGAUGCCUAUAAGUGGAGUUUGUCAGUGAUUGUCUUGUGUGUGGGAGCGCUUUUUGCCUGCAUUGGAAUCUCCAUGCUGCAGUCGACGGCAAGUCAAAUCAACUCAAUUUGCCUGUUUUUCGGUUGGUUCCCGUCUAUUGCGUUUUUGUGUAUGUGGGGUCAACGGCUACUCGACUCGAGCUUGUCAGUGGGAACUGCAGUUUACAGUAGUAGAUGGUAUGACAUGGAUGUUGCGUUUCAGAAAUCUGUUCUUAUGAUUUUGAUUCGCUCACAAAAACCAAUUCGUAUUUCUGUGGGGCCUUUCACUCAUUUGUCCAUGUUAUUACUCUUGGGCGUGUUUCAAUCCGCUUAUUCUUACAUUAAUCUCCUAAACGCUACAUCGUAAAUUUGGCACAGAUUAGUGUCAGAUACUUAGUCAGAAGCUUAACACACUCUUAAUAAGUUACUGUUCUAUUGCUAAUUGCACUAGUCUAGAUUUAAUCUACCAAAAAUUUUAACUAAACAAGAUGGUCAUGUGAGACGGCAAGUACUCGUAACGUAACUAAAUUUAAUAAAAUACUUUUUUCAUAUUUUAAUUAAAUACUGCCCUAAAACUAGUGAUUUUUCUAUCGAAAUCUUUAUUUAAUUUCCAUAUUUACGAGUACUAUGAAAUUAAUUUUUUUUUGAACAGCUAUCAAAAUUAGUUUUAGAAUUUACGGAAUUACUUUGGAAUUAUUUGGAAAUUACUAGAAUUAAUUGUGAAUUACUGGAAUUUCUUGAGAGGUACCAAAAACCUUUCUUAAAUAAUUUAGAAUUACUUGGAACAAAUGUUACGUUGAUUUUUUCUAUCGGCAGUAAUUUAAGAAUUGGAAUUGCAGGAAUUAUUUCAGGAUUGUUGGAAGUUAUCUGGAAUUUUUGUGAUUUUUUUUUAAUUUUUAAGCGGCGAGUAUUGAAAAUUCAUAAAUAAUUUACAGAAAAAAAAUAAGUGUUUGAUUUUCAGCUGAAAAUAAGAAAAACUUUUUGACCGAGGUUUCGACUGUCUUUUAAAAAAUAAAUCUAACAUCAGAACAGAACAGAACAGAAACUCUUAACUAAGUAAUACGUGUGUUAGACAUUUUUUUAUUUCAAAAUGCUUUAAAAAUGCGUAAAAAUAUUACGCCAGCUAUGCUAAAACGGUGUAAAGGUAUACCAUCUUAAAUUAUGACUAAUAUUUUUUUGUAUAUCAAUGGUUUUGGCGUGUUAAUUAUUUGUUUUAGAAAUUCGGUAGUACUUGAACUAAUAUAGCUUUAUAACACAUUUGUUGCCCUAGUUUUCUACACUGACACUGGCAUUAAAAAUUGAGAGAGGAUCACAUCCAGCAGUCAAUGAAACUACACAUUUGUUUAUAAAGAAGUGAAAAAUCUAAUCACAUUUUAUAGCUUUAUAGUGUUCACUUAUUAAUAAUAUUAAUUAUGAGCAAUUUGUUAUUUUCUUUAAUA